AUGGUGGAAACAGAUCUGUCUAGAAAUGACAAUUUGGACGAUAAAAGCACUGUCUGCUACAGCGAAAAGGCAGAUACCGAUGUUGAUAAGUCUACUGCGUCCGGCUUGCGUCGUAUAGAUGCCGUCAACAGGGUCCUGUCUGACUAUGGCUCUUUCACAGCUUUUGGAGUCACAUUUAGUUCGCUCAAGACCGCUUUACUAGUAGCGCUGUUUUUGCAGGGCUAUUGUACUGGACUUGGUGGGCAGAUUUCGCAAUCGAUACAAACCUACGCUGCUAAUAGCUUUGGGAAGCAUUCUCAGGUUGGGUCAAUUAAUACCGUCAAAUCAAUAGUGGCUUCUGUUGUCGCUGUGCCAUAUGCACGUAUGUCGGAUCGAUUUGGGCGUAUAGAAUGCUGGAUCUUUGCGCUGGUGCUUUAUACUGUGGGAGAAAUUAUUUCUGCCGCCACACCAACAUUUGGCGGACUUUUUGCUGGUAUUAUUAUACAACAGUUCGGUUAUUCUGGCUUUCGUCUUCUUGCUACAGCCCUGACGGGAGAUUUAUCUGGAUUGAGAGAUCGUACGUUUGCAAUGAACAUCUUCUUGAUUCCCGUGAUUAUAAAUACGUGGGUAAGCGGAAAUAUUGUUAGCUCAGUGGCUGGUCAUACUGCACCAUACAAAUGGCGUUGGGGCUAUGGGAUUUUCUGCAUUAUUGUUCCCUUCUCCACCUUAAUCUUGGUCCUUCCUUAUGCAUAUGCUCAGUACAUUUCCUGGCGCAACGGUAAGUUGCCACCAUUAAGAUUGAGAGAAAAAGGAAGGACUCUACGUCAAACGCUCUGGAAAUUUGCGGAAGACGUAAAUUUGAUUGGAGUUAUUCUCUUCACUGCUUUCUUAGUUCUAGUUUUGUUGCCUCUUACGAUAGCAGGUGGUGCCACAUCCAAAUGGAAAGAAGGUCAUAUUAUUGCAAUGAUUGUGGUCGGUGGCUGCUUGGGCUUUAUUUUUCUGAUUUGGGAAUUAAGAUUUGCCAAGAAUCCAUUUAUUCCACGAGUAUAUCUGGGUGAUCCAACUAUCUAUGUUGCACUGCUAAUGGAAUUCGUAUGGCGUCUAGCUCUACAAAUCGAGUUGGAGUAUUUGGUCACUGUGUUAAUGGUAGCAUUCGGAGAAUCGACUCUAAGUGCACAGCGGAUAGCUCAGCUUUACAAUUUUCUGCAGUCUUGCACUAAUAUUGUUGUUGGCAUUAUACUGCAUUUCUAUCCUCAUCCCAAAGUAUUUGUGGUUACUGGAUCACUUCUGGGUGUUCUCGGAAUGGGUCUUUUGUACAAAUACCGGGUGGUGUACGACGGAAUUUCGGGUCUUAUUGGCGCUGAGAUUGUGGUUGGUAUAGCCGGUGGUAUGAUACGUUUUCCUAUGUGGACGCUAGUGCAUGCUUCAACCACCCACAAUGAGAUGGCAACUGUUACUGGAUUACUUAUGUCUGUUUAUCAAAUUGGAGAUGCGGUGGGUGCUUCUAUUGCUGGUGCAAUAUGGACUCAGCGUCUUGCCAAGGAGCUGAUACAGCGACUGGGCUCAAACUUAGGUAUGUCAAUUUACAAAUCACCACUCAACUAUCUAAAAAAAUAUCCUCUUGGAUCUGAAGUUCGUAUCCAGAUGGUGGAAUCCUAUUCAAAGAUUCAACGCUUAUUGAUAAUUGUGUCAAUUUCGUUUGCAGCUUUCAAUGCUGUUCUCUGUUUUUUCUUGCGUGGGUUUACCGUAAACAAGAAGCAAAGCUUUACCACGGAAGAACGAGAGAAAGAGAAGCUCAAAAUCAAACAGCAAUCAUGGCUCCGUCGUGUAAUUGGAUAUUGA